AUGGACACCGCCAAUGAAAGCGGAGGAGCUCUGAGCAAGCUGCUACCAAAGUCAAUCGCUGCCAAGCGCCGCCGCAGAAAACAAGAAGCCCAAGAAGAUGAAGCCGCUGCCGCCACGGCCGCUUUGUUGAUAGGGGUCAAGGGGGAAGAAGUUACCGCUCCAGCUGUUACGCCUCCAGCACUCAGAGACGACGAUGCCAGCCAUCUAUCUAACAGACGCGACAGCGGCUCUUACGUUCAUGACACGGACAGCUUUGGAUUGGAAAAAGACGGCUCGACAGGGUUUCCCGACUACGACUACGGCCACUACCCCGAGCACGGCCACGCCGCCCACGACGCGGACGAUGCCAGCACCGAGGAAGCCACGAGCAUGCUGUCGCUGGACGAACCUGAUAUUGACGAUCUUCAAUCUCUUUCUCAGCACUCUCGACCAAGUGCCAUAUCGACACAUCCUUCGCAAAUAGGUUACUUGACUACUUCUUCCCCUAUCGUUCAGGCAACUCAUUUGCCUGAACCCCAACCACAGAUACUGGACGACCAACUCUCCCAGAUCGCCUCGGCGCGAUCCACUCUCUCCUCUGCCAAGCGGACGCAAUCCGUCGAGUCGUCGACAGAUUCUUCUUUGCGCUCCAAACGCAGUUUCACAAGUCUUGUGCCACCAAAGAAAAACACCACGAGAUCGCCAUCCCCCGUUGGCCGUCUCAAAGGUGUUUUUACAAAGUCAAAAAAGACUCCCAGUGCCGCCACAAGCCCCGACCGGUCCCUGGGCGGUGACGAAACCCCCGACCACGACCGAGACACGCGGAGAACAAGAGACCGAGGCAGAGCCACUGCUUCCACCUCUGACCUCACCACAACCACAAAGCCGUUUCUAGACAAUCCGACCCCGCCACAACCGAAUGCGACGAGCGACGCAGAUGCAUCUCGCGUAAAACAAUCAACAACGCAUUCACCUGAGCGACGUCGCUCCAGGGCCUCCACAAACACAUCUCGAAUCGACACCUCUUUCGUACCCCAAACCCCGCCCAACGCCGACAAGACGCCCGUCAUCGUCAACACCCCUCCGACACCGACCGACCACAACGCACCCUACGCUCAAUCUCCUCCGCCGGCCCCAGCUCCGCAGCCCGCUCCCGAAGUUUCUGUCACUGCCUCAGGCAACACGAAUGGUGGUUCUGCCACGGGUACUAUGCUUGCUCACCGCAGGGGUAGAUCAGGAUCUGGAAGUAUAGGGCCUAGCAAACUGUCCAACAUAACCCUCGCGCCUUUGACGCCCACCCCCGAGAACGGGACCGCAAGCAACCCAGGAACUCCAUCCGGCGGAAGCGGAUUCUUUUCAUCCGUCUUUUCGGCUGCGCAAAACGCCGCGACCUCGCUCACAAGUACCAUCCAGAAUACCGGCAUAGGACCGACCCCUCCCAAGAACAAGAACGUAGCUAAACCCCCCGAUAUCAAGAUCGACGAGCAGCCCGAGGUCGAGCCGCCACCUCCAUCCGCAACAGGCUCGACCAUGGAGAAAGAGCCAGCAGUCAAGACCAUUGGGUCGGGCGAGCUCAGCCUCAGUCAAUUAGGUAUAACGGACACAGCCAGCAAUGCAGGAACGCCCAUUACAGCAAAAUUCCCCGAAUCGGACGCACGAGCUAGAAGCGAGUCAGCCCCGACAGACGCUGCCUAUGCCGCUGCCACGCGUGACCUCGGAGUAGACGACGGCCGAAACGCGGCGAGACCUCAAUCACUGUACGAUCCAGGAAGUGCCGGGGACCGAACCCCUCCGCAAGGCAGCAUACACGAAGACAAGAUUUCAGGAGUCCAACGAAGUGGAAGUAUUCGAAGCGCCAUUGGACGCCAUCGCAAGCGAGGAAGCUCAGCUGUGUCGGGAGGUACGGCUACUACUAUUGGCGCUGCCAUUGCUGCGGCUAACGCGUCUCUUGCUCACCCUCAAGCCAACGCGAGCGUACCGAAACUUACGGGAUUCGCGGUUGCGAGCAAGAAGCGCAAUCGAGAUUUCCAUGGAUUUUUCAAGAGCGUGCCCGACGACGAUUACCUCAUCGAAGACUACAGCUGUGCGUUGCAGCGCGAGAUCCUGGCGCACGGCCGCCUGUACGUAUCCGAAGGCCACUUGUGCUUUAGCAGCAACAUCCUCGGCUGGUCGACCACGCUUGUCAUGAGCUUUGACGAAAUAGUAAGCGUUGAGAAGCGCAGCACGGCCCUGGUUUUCAAGAACGGACUCAUGAUCACGACCCUACAUGCCAAGCAUAUUUUUGCCAGUUUCACCAGUCGAGACUCGACUUACGACCUAAUUGUCAAUAUUUGGAAACUUGGUCACCCGACCCUGCAAAGCUCGCUAAACGGAGUGCAGCUCGAGGGUACUGGUGGUGACAAGACAGAAAAGGUUGACGCGAAUAGUGCAGUGGUAGCAGAUGUUGAUGAUGGUAGUUUGUCCGGCACCGAUGAAGAAAGUGAUUCUGGCGAUGACGACGACGUUUACGACGAAGAUGACGACGCAGAGGACUUGCAAGAUGUCACGCAACUGUCAGAAGUCAACGCUGAACCCGAAGGUGGAAAGACCGUCUCUCGCAAGGUAUCUGGUGCAGGUGCUAAUGGCGCUGUCGCCGAUGUCGUCAAGGAGGCUGUCGGUGCUGCUCCAGGCGGCAAUGACUUCCCUGGUCCGGCCACUCAUGCGCCAACCGACUGCGGAGACUCCGACACGCACUACGACAGGAUUGUCGGCGACGAUGUCAUUCCUGCGCCCUUGGGCAAGGUGUAUAACUUGCUCUUCGGCCCAGCCUCGGUCACCUGGAUGACAAAAUGGCUCACUGUUGAGGCCAAGUGUACAGAGUUGACCAUGGAGGACAAGAAGGGGCUGACUCUCGACAAUAAGUCUCGGUAUUUCACUUACAUUAAGCCUCUCAAUGGUGCCAUCGGUCCGAAGCAGACAAAAUGUCUUGUAACGGAGACCUUGGAUCAUCUUGAUUUUGAGAAAGCCAUCAACUUUAGCGUCACCACACAAACCCCAGAUGUACCGAACGGCAACAUUUUCAGCGUCAAGACCAAGUACUGUUUGACGUGGGCCGACAACAACUCUACCAGAGUACAAUCCAACUGCACUAUUGAGUGGACGGGCAAGAGUUGGUUGAAGGGUCCUAUCGAAAAGGGAGCCAAUGAUGGCCAGACCCAGUACUGCAAAGACCUUUUUGCUAGUCUGAAAUCAGCUGUGUCUACUAAAGCUCGCGCUGGCGGUGCGGGAGCGGGCUCAGGCCCCAAGGGCAAGAAGAAGAGCAAGAAGAGCAAGGCGGCCGGCUCAACAACAGACGCCGAAGACGAGCAGGUUCGUCCAAGACAUGUUCCCAAGACGAAUUGGGGUCCAUUGGAGCCUGUCCGCGGCAUUCUCGAGCCAAUUCUCGACAUUGCCAAACCACUACUCACGGGCAACAUGAUGUAUGGCCUCCUAGUUGGCCUUCUCGUUGCUACGUGGUUUGGCUUUGGCCUGCCUGGCAGACAAGCGUCUGGAGACAUGCGCAUGUAUGGUUAUCCGGAUCGUCUUGCGGCGUACGACGAGAUGUGGAGGCGCGAAGAGAGUGAACUUUGGGAGUGGUUGGAGGAAAGAGUUGGGUUGGAGCGCUUGCACGAAGGCAGCUUGCCCAUUCGGAAGCGAGCAAUGGAGCCAAGUACUGUGGAGGAGAGGGCCAGAGAGGAUCGUAUGGAUGAGCGUGAGAUUGAAGAGGCAAUCAAGGUGACGGAAGAGAAGCUUAAGGUGUUGAAGGGCGUCAUGGACAAGAAGAAGCCAACAUCCGGUUGA